GCGGAAACGCGGGUAGAUGCGCGUGGAAGUGGUGGAAGAUUCCAAGAGCGGUGGUGGUAUUGAUUUUUCUGGUAUUCAUCAUGAUAACUCCAGUAUUUGAACUGAGUCAAGAUCCAGAUUUUCUCACAAUAAUUAUCAAAGUACCUUAUGCACGAGUUUCAGAAUUUGACCUCCAUUUUGAAGGGAAUUCAUUUCAUUUUUAUGGAAAACCUUACUUUCUUAGAUUGACACUUCCUGGAAGAGUUGUAGAAGAUGGAAGAGAGAAAGCAUCCUAUGAUGAUUCAGGAAUAUUUACAAUUCACCUUCCCAAAGAAACUCCUGGAGAGAAAUUUGAUGGCUUAGAUAUGUUGACAGCUCUGUUAGCACCAAAGAAAUCCCGAUCAGCUAAACCUUUAGUGGAAGAGAUGGAUGCUCCAAAUGAGAACAUGGAAGAAGAGGAGGAAUUUUACUGGGAAAUAGAACAAACUCCUCAGAAAGAUAACUUGGAGGAUUCCUUGUGUCCAACUGGUUCCUAUGGAUUUGGAAGUCAGAAAUCAGGAGUUUUUAGACGUCUCCAGGAUGAACUUAAUGAAGUUGUUGAUGUUAAAAGCCCAGAUAUAACAUCUGCAUCUGAGCGCAGAGAAAAACGACUUGCAGCAGAAGCUGCCAAGUUUGAUCCUGAUCAUUACCUAGCUGAUUUUUUUGAAGAUGAAGCUAUUCACCGUCUGUUGAACUAUAAGCCCUGGUGGGUUAACGCCUACGAGUUGAUGAUGAAUGCUCAAGAAAACACUUCAUGGAUUUCCUUUACAGAAGAUGAGAAAGAACAGUUAAGAAAAUUCACUAACAGGACAUUCCUGCUUGAUAAAACAACCAGCCAACAAGUCUAUCUGAGCUUAAUUGAUAUUCUUUUAGCAUAUUGCUAUGAGGUCUGUGCCACUGAAGGAGAAAAUAAUGUCGAGUCACCAUGGAACAUACGGAAAUUGAGCUCAACUUUAUGCUGGUUGGAGAGUUUUACUAGCAUUUCGGAAGUCCUUAUAUCCUUUGGAAGAAGAGUUCUGUGCUACCCACUUUACAGACACUUUGGGUUAGUGAUACGAGCCUGGAAUGACACAAUAAUGAUAUUGAAAUUAGGUAAAAGUGCCAUUUUGAAGUGUCUGCUAGAUAUUCACAAGAUUUUUCGGGAGAAUGAUCCUGCAUAUAUUCUCAAUGACCUUUACAUCACAGAUUACUGCAUUUGGAUUCAAAAAGCUAAGUCAAAGAACUUGGCAGCACUCGCUGAAUCCGUGCAGAAAGCAGAGCUGAGUAAGGAGGACUUGGGUUUCGAAUUAAAUGAGCUGGAAACAGCCGCGCUUCUGGUACACGAGGAAGAGAAAGAGUUAAAAGCGAUUGACGCAGGCAAUUCUGAGCAGCAGCUGCCUCCUCCCUCCCGAGAAGAUGCCAGUGAAUUCGAGGACUCGGGCAGCACUUCAUCAUACGAGACAGAAGUCUCUGAUUCGGAUGAACAAGAGUCCUCAGCCAGUGAAGAUGGGAAAAUAAAUCCUUCGCAAUGCACACUCCUAGAGGAGAGGACAGCCCCACUUAUUGACGAUAAUGGAUUAAGGCGAGACACAGGGACUUUGACACUGGAGGAUAGUAAUGAAAAAUCAAAGCUUUCUCUACAGUCUACAUCUGUUUCGGGAGAACUGAUAGAGGAAUUAGAAAAGAAAAUGCAAGCGGCAGUAAGGCUGACGGAGUUGCCUGAAGCUGCACCUUCUCUAAGGGAUGAUGGCCAGGACUGCAGCAGCUCUUCGCAAGACAUGGGAACCAACUGCACAGCUCAGCCUGGAGGAUCCUAAUUACAAGGAACAUUUUACUGGAUCCUAAUUAAAAGGAACAUUUCUUGGAGGUGACUCCAAAGUUUUUGGGUAUUACAGAUGAAGCUUCUUAGACAAUAAUUAGGGAGAAUUUGUUAAUAUAUGGAAGCAAAACUAGUAUUUUUUUUUUAAUAUGGGUGUCCCUCAUCAAGAUCUUUAUGAGAUAAAGGUGUUAUAAAUAUAUAAUAGUAAUAAAGUCUAAUUUAAUUUUGAAACCUAAAAUAAGAUUUUCUAUAAUCUUAACAUUACAAUAGUUUAAUUGCAUUAGGAAAGUAUAAAAUAUGGAAGAAGGUUAUUGGUUUAUGGAAAAAAGUAUGUUUUUGUAUUUUAAAAUUAAUUCUUUUAACAGCUUAAUAUCUUGUUUAUUUUGAGGUGUUUGUGCCUGAGUAGAAGUAAAAAGCCUUGUAGUUUCCAGAUGUUUGCAUGUAGUAUCUUUGAAUUCCAAGUUGAUUUCUAUAUGCAGCAUGUUCAAUAUCUGUUCAGAUUAAUGGUAAUGUUUCCCAGUAUUUAAUUUUGUGGAAUUUAUUGGGACUUACUACAGACAGUGAUGGGGAAGAAAUUGGUUCAGUUAAUAUUUUACUAUGAACCAAUCUAAAUUCAAUUCUUUAAACAAUAUAAUUGGAAUCGAGAUAUCUCUCAAUAUUUAUUUUUAUGCAAAUUAUGAAAUAUAAUUAUCUUCUGAACAUAAAUUAGGUUGUGUAUGUAUGCUUAGCUAUAUCAUACAGUGUGCAUGAUAUAUAUUGAAAUAUUUUAUUGUGAUCAUUCACCACCACAGAGGAAAUCAAUAUGCGAAUUUCAGAGGCUGAAUCAAAAAUAUUGGUAUAAUUAGGAGAAAUACUUGUAAACGUUAUCGAUGAAAAUCAAUAACAGCUAAGAUAUUUGUUUUAGCUAUACAUAUGACAAAAAGAGAAGGAAUUGAUAUGUAUUCUCUUUGGGUAUAUAGUCAAAAAUCCCACCUUAUCUUAUGUAUAUUUGGAUGAAUGAGAAUUAUAAGUACAAAUACAUUCUUACCAAUCUUUGCUAAAAAUGUAAAAAUAAGAUUAGGAAACUUAAAAACUGGGAGGGGGGGAUCAAAACUCAUGAAGAGUAAAAUUGAUAGAUUUCUAUCCAUCAAAAUCCUCAUUUGUGAGAUGUAACUAUAUUUAUAUUUCACUGCUGAUGGUUAAACAUUUGAUUGUAGAUUAUCUUUAUGCUACUGGUCUAUGUCUCAGCUGAAGAAAAUGUGAUUUGCUGGCUAGAAUGCAGAUCUGAACUGUAGGAAAUAAUAUAGUUGUAAUUAUAUCAGUGGCUUAAUAAAAGAUGAGUGUGAUGAGCACAGAUGAACAUUUUUCAAUUACAGCUAUAUGCCCAAAUCAUGUUCUUUUUUAAUAUUAUUGCUACUAAUAGGCAAAGCUGUAUUUUUUCAUUUGCAUCCAAGAUGCACAAUAUGUAUGUCAGUAUUCAUACUUUGGCAUACUUUUUCAUAUUAUUUGCAAUUUUUCAUAAUGGAUUUCCACAGUGAUUAGUGAUAGAAAAUGCACCUAAGGCACCAGCUAGGUCAAUAUGUUUAGUUUGUGCAAAUUUGAAAAUAAAACUGUAGAGAUAUCAUGUAUACAUACGUUCAAGCACUGGAACUGUUACUGCAAAAUGUAAGUGGACCAUUAUUCAUUUUCAGCCCGCCAUUUUGUGACAGGCAAUGAAGUAUGCUUCCUUAUUGAGAAUUGACUGCUCUAUUGAUGAAAAUACACUCUUUAGUCCACCUUUUUCCUACAUAAUCAAAAUCUUUACUUCAAUCUGACUUUGUUGUGACUUUGGGGGUUGAUUUUUCACCCACACUCCCGAUAUUUAUGAUUGUUCACCCCUCAGAGAAAACAACAGCUUUCACUUUAUGUUUUAGAAACAUAUGAAAUUCUAGAACUAGUUUUUGUUUUGACUGAAUUAUGCUCUAGGUAUGGCAUAAGGCUGCCUCUGAAAACAGCAUAUUAUGUUCAAGUGUUUCCUUAAAAUAAUAUUAGAAUGUGCUUCCCUACAAUAAUCGGUAACAGUUAUGCUAUGAGAUCAUAAUGUAGCAACACUCCUUCCGCAUAAGCCCAAUAUAGGUUUAACAAAUAUUUUUUAAAAGAGUGCACAGAGCAGAAUCCCUUCAAAACUCAAUCAAAUCUUAUUCCUAUUUCAGUGUGGCUUUUAACCACCCUACGAUCCAUGAUCACAACCCUCUCAGAUAUCAGAUGAUUGUCAAUCUUUGUUAAUCUUUACUGCUUUUCUCUCCAAAUGUAUUCAUUUAUUAUAUUUGUAAAAGUACUUAUAAGGAAAAAAACAUGCUUCUCUUUAUGAUUCCACCAGUUCCUAUUUAACAUCUGUGGGGCAGAUGUUCCUACUCAGAUCGUCUUCAUACUUUCCCACAAGAGAUGCAUGAGAUUAUUGUUUACUGGUAUUUAUUAAUGUAAAAUAUUAGCAUUCUUAGCAACACCUGAAACAUAACAGGUUAAUUUCCCCUUGAUUCCAAAACAGCUGCACAAAUCCAGGAACAGAUAAAGCUUCUUCCAAGGGUUGUUGACAGAACUACAUGCUCACAUAUAUUCAAUCCAAAUUUCAUGUUCUUCCUCAAAGUCAAAGUGCUAUUAAAUCCUGAAGCUUCUUAACAAAAAUUAGGUCUGGUGGCACUGAAUUUAUGAUCAUUUAAAUCAACUCAAGGCCUACAUGCCAAAUCUGGCCCUCGAUAUGGUUAGAUCUGGCCCACAGGGCCACUCUGGAGAUGGCGAGGGAGUGGCCCCCACCACCCCGGCUCACCCCAGUCCGACUGGGCACUCCUAGGUGCACGAACAGGUGGUGAGCGCACAGGCUGGUGGUGCCCGGCAGCAGCUGCAGCUGUUGGCCCCUUGGCCGGCAGUGAUGACCAGCUGGAUGUGAGCCCAGGGCGUCAAAUAAGCCAAGGGCAUCAGGCCGGUCCUGUCCUUCUUGCCUCACCUUAUCCCACUGCAACAGCAGCAGCAGCAGCAGCAGCCCUGUCCAGCAGGAGUCCCACCAUUGAGGCUGAAGAGAGUUACAGAGGACUGAAUUGUCCUCACAUCAGAGUUAGCCAGUUCAAGUUGUUCUGUCCUGACCCAGCCAUCUUGGGUCAGUCACACCCAGUUGAUAGCCCUGAGUUAAAUUUUCAGAGAUCGCAGUCCAUCAUCUGGUUGAAGCAAAAACAUCAAAACAUAAUGUGACUAUCCUGGAAAAAUAAAUUAACAACACUGUGUAUGUUACACAAUAUACAGAGAUGAACUUCCAUUGCCUGGAACUUAAGUUUGGUGUGACAGAACUAUAGCAUUUCUCAAAAUACUGUGACUUUGAGUUGGCUUCUAAAAGCCCAAGGUUAAUAAAUGAAUACGUAGUUAAACUUUCUAUCUCAUGUUAAUAAAUAUGAAUCUUUUAUUGAUACUUGAUAAUUGCAGAUCAAAUCUGAGGUGAUAAUUUUUUUCUAG